CCGGAACACUUUUCAUGUUACCCCAGUGUCUGCUUAGAAAACUACUUUGCCUUUCGUACCCACUUCUUUGUAGGAAAUAAAAUCAAUUUAAAGUGUAUUUCUCUACCUCAGCUUCUACGACAUGGCGGGAAACUUCUGGCAAAGUUCUCAUUAUCUGCAGUGGGUUCUGGAUAAACAGGACCUGAUGAAAGAGCGUCAGAAGGACCUGAAGUUUCUGACAGAAGAGGAGUACUGGAAGCUGCAGAUUUUCUUUGCCAAUGUCAUCCAGGCUUUAGGGGAACAUCUAAAACUGCGGCAGCAAGUCAUCGCAACUGCAACUGUUUACUUUAAACGCUUCUACGCCAGGUAUUCCUUGAAAAGUAUAGAUCCAGUUCUUAUGGCUCCUACCUGUGUUUUCCUGGCUUCUAAAGUUGAGGAAUUUGGAGUUGUGUCAAAUACUAGGCUGAUUUCUGCGGCAACAUCUGUGUUGAAAACAAGGUUUUCCUACGCCUUUCCAAAGGAGUUCCCUUACAGAAUGAAUCAUAUAUUAGAAUGUGAAUUCUACCUUCUAGAGUUGAUGGACUGCUGCCUGAUUGUGUACCACCCAUACAGACCACUGCUGCAGUAUGUGCAGGACAUGGGACAGGAGGACAUGCUGCUGCCCUUGGCCUGGCGAAUAGUGAACGACACUUACAGAACGGAUCUGUGUCUGCUCUAUCCUCCCUUCAUGAUUGCCCUAGCCUGUCUGCAUGUCGCCUGUGUGGUGCAACAGAAAGAUGCCAGGCAGUGGUUUGCAGAGCUCUCUGUAGAUAUGGACAAAAUCCUGGAGAUUAUCCGUGUCAUUCUGAAGCUCUACGACCAGUGGAAAAACUUUGAUGAUCGUAAGGAGAUAGCUGCAGUGUUAAACAAGAUGCCUAAGCCCAAACCUCCUCCUAACAGUGAGAGUGACCAGAGCUCCAACGGGAACCAAAGCAACUCCUACAGCCAGUCAUAGCGUGGACUCUGUGUUCUUCUGGAUCCAUCACAUUGAUGUAGACAGGGUGGAUCUGUCAAAAACAUACAGAACAACCCUGAACGAGUUCCCAUGUUCGUCUUUGACUGUCACAUGACCACCCAAAAGCAGAGAACCCAUGUCCUCACACUCAACCCCCCAUUCUCUGCUCGUUAUGGGUUUAAGAUAUCAGCCGCCAGAAGGCCACUCUACUCUGCUCCAGACUUGAAAAUGAACGAAAACUGAGGAACUUUUUUUUUGGACAGGGGUGGGAAUGUGGGGUGAAUUAGAGAUGUGAUGGUUCAGAAGUCUUGUGAUGAUCCUGACAUCCUUGAACAGCCCCGAGGAGCGAGAUUUUCACAUGGAGCUCCUUGGGUUUUGAGCAAACUUGAUCACAAAUAUGUAUGUAUGUGUGUCUUUUGUGUGAGUGUGACCAGUCUGGGUGGAUUUUUUUUAUUCCUCAGGGACUAUAGUAGUCUUCUGUACUGGUGUCUGUAGAACGGUUUGAUCCUGUGCUGUUGAGUGGACACCCCUGCCGUCUACUGGUAGAUCAUGAACUUUUCUCUUUGAGAAAUGAAUUGAAAUGAAUUAUGACUAUUUUACUGUUUUCUGAAUCAUGACAACUCCACCUCCUUCCUCCCAUUCCUGCUUCCCUUUUGUAAAUAGUCUUAUGAUUCUAUUCUUUUUUUGUUUUUUUUGCUCUAUCAUGUUUUUUGCUCAAUUAAGUAACUCCACUUGGAUGGAAAUUAUAGGCUGGUGAAAGUGCCCUUUCCCUUUAUUUUACCUGUCAUGGUUCUGUUUGCCUGCUGCAAAGCUCUUUUCAUUUAAUUGUAUUUCAUUUAUUCUGCUUUAGUUGUAGAAUAAUGUGUUGUGUAAAGUUUAUUUUCUUAUCCUUUUUUGUUUCUUAAUUUGUUAAUUAAAUGCUUGUCGGGGCUAAAGGCAAAUUAGAACUAUUUGUCAAAUUUUUGUUGUGCUUUCUUAUUUGUGCUCCCGCCAUUUAUUUAAUCAUCAAAUUGUGGCAAUAUGUGUGUGUGUCCAUGUGUAGAUGUCUAUAUUUUUGUCAUGUAAUGCAGUGAGAAGUGUGUGUGUGUGUGUGUGUGUGUGGAUCAAAACAAGGUGCUUCAAAGCCUUACAAAAUAAAAGCUGCUGGUGACAGAAAAUGCCCCCUCAUGUAAAACACAUCACAUCCCAUUCAGGUGAAAUGUUUCUGUUUUUAAAGCUUUUUUAAUUUAGAUUUUCUUGUCUCUAGAGGCUUACUGUGUUCUCUUUCGCAGCUGUUGGAAACACCACUUAUUAGAAAACAUUACCAUGUUUAAAGUCGGUCUCAUGUUGCUUUUGUCUUACUUUGUGGGAAGAGCAGACGUAACAGUGAAGCAGUUUUGUCGUUUUCUGCUUUUCCCUUCUGGCGUUUUUCCUCCACUUCAGCGGGCUCCCUCUGUUACAUGAUCAUUCUCUCAAGAGGGCAUA